AUGAAUUUGGUAAUCUUCGUUCAGCCGGAUUCAGUAGCAUGCCAAAAGUUAUGGAGAGCCCGGCACAUCAACAUUGCCGUUUUUCUCAUCAUCUUUAUCGGAAAUGCGAUCUGCUAUCAAAAUUUGAUCGUUUCCGUGCCAAUCUUUAUCGUUUCCCCAAAUGGAUAUGCAAUAAGCAAUCCGGCCACGGAAUUGCAAACUGACUUUUCAUGGUUUACCAUCGUGAACAUGGCUCACGUGUAUCCAUUUUUAUCACUUGCCAUCAAUGUGCUCAUUUUUGUGAAACUCAUUUGGUUGAGAGUGACGGGAACGAGG